AUGACAAUCAGAAGAUCCGCACGCAUAAGUGGCCGGGGAAACGGAGUACAAGCACCACCCACCUCACAAACUACAACUUCACAGAAGCGGAAGCCUUCGCCAGAACCGCCUUCGACUCCGGCGAAGAAGCGCAUCCGGCCAGUUGAGCCUGUGACACCAACACCCACGGCCGUGGGACUGAUCACCGAGAAUGGGAAUCACAAGUUGGGAAAGAAACCCCGCAAUGCCGCAGUUACACGCAUAGCAGACCCAAACCUUUCCAACGCCACCUUGCUGUCGCCAGAAACAUCAAGAAUUAUUGCGUCACGAGACAUCGAGCUUGUGUCGCCUUCAAAGGCAUCCAGUGUCAGGACUACGACGGCAAACCUUCUAGAAGAGGCAUGCGCCCACCUCAUCAAGGUGGAUGAGCGGAUGCGACCCUUGGUUGAGAAACACCACUGCCGGGUCUUCUCACCCGAGGGCCUGGCUGAGAAGAUCGACCCGUUCGAGAGCCUGACGAGCGGCAUCAUCUCACAGCAGGUGUCCGGGGCCGCAGCCAAGUCAAUCAAGGCUAAAUUUGUUGCACUGUUCCACAAGGACGGGGAGGAGACAGAGAAGAGGUUCCCGCUCCCGUCCGAGGUGGCGGCGUGCUCGGUCGAGCAUCUGCGAACGGCGGGCUUGUCCCAGCGCAAGGCGGAAUACAUUCAGGGGUUGGCCGAGAAGUUUGCGAAUGGGGACCUGAACGCGCAGCUCCUGCACGAUGCGCCGUAUGAAGAAGUGCUGGAGAAACUCAUCGCUGUCAGGGGGUUGGGGAGAUGGUCCGUCGAGAUGUUUGCGUGCUUCGCCCUUAAACGGAUGGAUGUGUUCUCCCUCGGCGACCUGGGAGUGCAACGAGGCAUGGCUGCCUUCGUCGGAAGAGACGUUGCCAAACUCAAGUCCAAAGGGGGCAAGUGGAAGUACAUGUCUGAGAAAGACAUGUCUGAGCUCUCAGAGCAGUUUGCUCCAUAUCGUAGCCUAUUUAUGUGGUAUAUGUGGCGGGUGGAGGAGACUGAUAUCAGCACUCUAGAGUGA